CUAGAACAAGCAAGAGAGCUAGCUAGCCUAGAAGGAUAAAUCAGUGAGCGAAAAAAAAAAAGAGGUUUUUCUUGUUCCACUCUACCUUUUGAUCUUAGGGUUACGUUGGAAGAAAUGGAGAGCGGCAGAAAGGGUUUGAUGUUGAUGAUGGUGAUGGUUACUCUAGGGAUGAUGAUGAUGGUGGAAGGAGGAGGAGGACGACAAGUCUUUUUGAAUGGCAAUCACGUUACUGGUAACAACGAUGUUCAUCCUGCCUUUGAUCAGAAGUGCUACGAUGAUUGCUACGCCCAAUGCAAAUCCUCGUCGAGGAGUUGGUGCAUCGAGAAGUGCGUCGACAAAUGCACUCCUCCAAGCGCAGACCCUCAUGGAGUCGACGCCGCCAAGUCGAUUAAUUGAUUAGUGAUUUUCUUAUGAUUAUGAUUUUGCAUUAAUUUAAUUUUCUUGAUGAUCAGAUGGAGAAGAUUAUAAUAAUGAUAUGAUUAUUAUGCAUUAAUAAAUGAUUUAUCUAGUUUUCCCAAUUUUUUAGUGACGACAAACGCACGUCCCAAACCUGAGCUGCUAAUAGUAGUAAAUGAAAAAUCACUUGGGAC